UGACUGUACAGAUCUGAACUGUGUUUUUCAUCUUUAAGGUUAAUGUCUCAGUUUUGGGAACAUGCGGUCAAAGUAAGACAUCAAAUAGGAGAGCCUUAGGUUUUGUGUGACUUCCUAGUGUAGAUAAGAGUUUCACUGAGCCAUUGUUGAAGACUACUUACAGUAGUCCACCACAAAUUAUUGACAUUACUUUGUUUUUUAAAAUAGAUAUGAAGAUAUCUGAUCGUUAUGUAGAGCACAAAGAUUUCAGCAGAGCAGGAAAAGAUUACAAUCACUAUAGUCUAGCUUACGGGUGCCCAUGUCCAGUCUUCAAGGGUCACUGUCCAGCAACAUUUUGAUGUAUCUCUGCUCCAUCACACCUUCUUUAACAACCUGAAUUUCCUUAUUAACAUGUUCUGAUUCAGAUGAGUUGGAGAGGAGAUGCAUCUAAAAGUAGCAGGAUGGUAGGGAGCUAGAAAUGGAUUUAGACUCCAUUGGUUUAGCAUAAAAGUGACAUAUACAGUAUAUGGUCUUGUUUUGGGACAUCAUUGUGAGUCUGGAUGUUUCUUAUUUUGGCAGUAAUGCUCAGUUGUAAUAAGAAAUAAUUUCAGACAUCUUAAAGUGCAGUGACAGAAUAUGACUUUCUAUAUUUGGAUACUCAAAGCAAACAUCUGGAAGUGAGGAUACUCCCUUAACAGGGCAAUUUUGUUUGCCCUGCUGUUAUGGUUAAUCAAACUGAACAACUGGUUUCUGUCAGUCAACUUCAAGAUGCCUAAAUUCAUACUCUGACACACCUUCCAAGCUAUUCAUUCUUGUAUUUUAAUCUAUGCCAGAAUCUAAGUGUGCAUGUUAACCCUUCUUGCUUUGGGGUUAUUAGCUUAACACUCUGUGUUGACUCUGUGCUCAUGAUGCUACAACUCCUUUGCAAUCUUAAAAUCUGUACCUUCCUCAGCAUAUGAGAUAAAUUAAUUACUUGGCAAACUUUCAUUAUCCUCCUAUUUUGAGAGCAUAAUUAAUAGGUUAGCGUGAGUGACUCUGUUAGCUCGUUCAGGUGAUGUGUCUUUAUAUAGAUUCAAGGUUUCUACUCUCCCCCCACCUGCCAGGUAUGUUCCCUCCCAAUUUUGUUUGCCUCCGGCAUAGCUGCUGUUUGAGAAACCAGACCUGAUAUAAAGCACCUUGACUCAGAUCAUCUUUUCACUUUGUUCCAAUCUGCAGGAUUGUGUGUGGAAACCUUCUGAGGAAAGAAUGUGGAGUCUCUUUGAGAUUGUGGCAAAACCAAAACCGAGGUAUGAUUUAGUGUUGAAGAGGUUCCUUGGCAGGCUCCUGAGGGAAAUAUACAGGGCUGGUGAGCCCACAGACUUCAACAACUUAUACUACAAUGCCAAAAUCAAGCUGUCAAGAUCAACUAUAAGGGAAAUUGAAUUGUUUAUGAAUGAUGAAGACAACUGCAGACCCGAGGCUUUGGAUGAUGCUCUCAGUGGCAUACUGGUGGAACUUAAACCUCACAAUUUUUUCACCAGUUUUGAAUACAUGUUUGGAGUAGAUAUUGUCCCAAUGUUAACAAUCGGGUUGUUUUCAAUCAUUUUUUUACUUAUUGCCUUAAUUAAGCCACGGCUAAGAGUUUCCUGGCUGAAGUGUUUCAUUACAACAUUUGCCAUCUCCUUCUUUGCCAGCAUUCCUUGGAACUGGCUCUAUCUGUACAAGGGAGCCUAUGCAAAACACCAGAGCAAACUAAUGAAAGUGGAAAUACUCCAUAAAGAGUGCAUGAAACUGCAGAAUCUUAGCUGGUUUGGUAGUAUUCGAGAAUGGUUCAGAACCACUUGGACUUUUCAAAGCGACCCUUGUGAGGAAUACCUAAAGAUCCUCCUAAUUGACCCCUUUCUCGAGGUACCGCCAAUCAAGGCAUUUGUGUACACAUUGACCACCUUCAUCAUAGAGCCACUGAGGGCCUUAGGAGAAGGGAUGGGUGGUUUCUUUCAAGCACUCGUCAAAGAUCUACCAUUUAUCCUUUGGAUACCAGUCCUCAUCAUUAUCACCAUAUUAAGUUUGGGAGCUCUGAUGGUAGGACUGCCAGCAGUUUUCCCUCAGCAAGUGAGACGUUUUCUACCCUGGUUGGAUAGAAACCAGGGCACACAAGCACCUAACCAACUCCAAAAUGACAAUGUCAGGAUAGAGCAGAUUGUCAUUUAUCAAAGCCAACCCAACAGCAUUCUAAGAAGUGCUGACCGUCCACAAACUGAGGGGGUUCCUGACCCUGAGGGGUGCCAGGGAAGCACUGAUGAGAGGAAUAAUAUCUCUAUUAAUUCCGGCUUUGAAGACCAGCAGGAGAUGUGGGAGGAGGUCAGGUGGAGUACUGUGACUCCAACAGACCAAGCAAAAGGCAGUCAACUUGAAUUAGAUUAUUCACAGGUAAAGAAUAAAAAGGUAAAAGCAGAGAAGAAAGGUUCUCAUGAUGAGCCUUGUGGAGACGGUGCAGCACCUGCACCUUUGGCGUACAGGAGAAAGGGCGUCAGCAUCUCUCAGAUUCACACUGAAAAUAUUUCUGCUCAGAAGAUAUGAUCAGCUCCAAUGGAUUACCUGUACUUAUAGCUCAAAGCUAAAUAACAUCGGUAUUUACUAUCAGUGAUGGCUGUUCACUUCAAAAUGCAUUAAAUGAGAACAAUUGGAUUCAAAUUAAGCUGAACCAAUACUGAGCAGUUUGUUGUCUGGUCUGCAGCACUGUAGCUGCAUUAAGGAAGAGCUGAUUGUAUCAGGAGGACUUUGUUCCCAUUGAUUCUCUCUUAAACUGAUUUAGUUCAGACUUUUUUUUACACUGUGUUUAAAUAUUUUAUCUAUUUCCUAUAAUCAUGGUGGUGGAGCAAUACUACAGGAUAGAUUCAUGAAACAUGAAUGUGCAAUAACCAGAUACUUGGUUUAGUAUGAUAAUUUAAGCUUCUUGUUUGCAUUAAACACAUACAACUUGAAAUAUUUACUCACGUUAUUUUAUAAUGUCUGUUUUAAUAUUUUUUUCUCUAGAAAUUAAACUCUUUAUAAAAUAUAAAAAGAGUGCAGACAAUAUGAAUGAGUGCAAUAUUUUUUACUUAGAUUCUUAAGACCUAUAAAGGAAUUAACUUUUUAAAAAUAUUUUUUACAGACUUUGUGAGUUAGUGUCAAAGAUACAGAUGUCCUUUUGUACGGAUAUGUUGUAAGACAUGCAACAUAAAAAGCAAAAACAGAGGCCACAUUAUACAUCCCAUUUAACAAGUUAAAAUUAGGAUUAAAAAGUGCACUCGAUAUUCUUGAAGGAUAUGGAUUUUCAGCUCAUAUUGACUGCUGUGGCAGCUGUUGCAUAAAUCGGCUCUUGCUUUAUUUGUUCUUAAAAAAUCUGCCUGUCUCUACUUCUGCUUAAAAAGAUUAUAAGGUUUGGACAGACAUAGUUUCUUUCUUUGUAAAAUGGGCUUGGUUUUUAUGUAGAUUUACACUGUGAGACAUUUAAACAAAUAUGUAAUUAGAAAAUGUUGCCAGGCACUAGACAACCAACUCAUAAAGUUAUUACAGACCCAGAUAUGCAUCCAGUCAUCUGUGUGUGAUUGUCAUUGAAAAUGUUAAAACACCUCAAGUUCUGUCAUAUUUGAAGGGAUUCAAGGUUUUCUUUUCACUGUUUGUAUUUUUACACAGUUGGUGUUACACUGCCUGUUUAUGAUAAAAAGAUGUUGAAAUAC